ACUAUCAUGAGGAAAAGAAAGUCUUAAAUGGCAUGCUUCCCAAGAGCCAAGUGACAGAUACACUUGCCAAAGAAGGUCCUAGUUCUCCAAGCUAUGACUGGUUCCAAACAGACUCUUUAGUCACCGUUGUCAUAUACACUAAACAGAAGGAUAUCAACUUAGACUCAGUAAUAGUUGAUCAUCUGGAUGAUUCCUUUAGAGCAGAAACAAUUAUCAAGGACUAUUCAUAUCUUAUACAUAUUGGGCUAAGCCAUGAGGUUCAGGAAGAUUUUUCUGUGAGGGUUGUUGAGAAUGUGGGAAAAAUAGAGAUUGUCCUAAAGAAAAAAGAGAAUGCCUCUUGGAAAUGUCUUGGUCAUCCCCUGGAGAAUCAUAAUUCAUUUAUUCCAAAGAAAGAUACAGGUUUGUACUACAGAAAGUGCCAGUUAAUUUCCAAGGAAAAUGUUACUCAUGAUACGAAGCUUUUUUGUUUGAUGCUGCCACCAAGCACUCAUCUUCAGGUGCCAAUUGGGCAACAUGUUUACUUCAAGCUAACUAUUACAGGUACAGAACUAGUAAAGCCAUAUACACCUGUAUCUGAUUCCUUACUCUCAGAGUUCAAGGAACAAGUUCUUCCCAACAAUAAAUACAUCUACUUUUUGAUCAAAAUCUAUUCUGCUGGACUCUUCACGCCAGAGCUUGAUCAUCUUCAGAUUGGGGAUUUUGUUUCUGUAAGCAAUCCUGAGGGCAAUUUAAAAAUAUCCAAGUUCCAAGAAUUAGAAGAUCUCUUUUUGUUGGCAGCUGGAACAGGCUUCACACCAAUGGUUAAAAUACUGAAUUAUGCUUUGACUAAUAUACCCAGUCUCAGGAAAGUGAAGCUGAUGUUCUUCAAUAAAACAGAGGAUGAUAUAAUUUGGAGAAGCCAAUUGGAGAAAUUAGCAUUUAAAGAUAAAAGAUUUGAUGUUGAAUUUGUUCUCUCAGCACCUACUUCUGAAUGGGAUGGCAAACAGGGAUACAUUUCACCAGCUCUUCUCUCUGAAUUUUUAAAAAGAAGUAUAGACAAAUCCAAAGUCCUCAUCUGCAUUUGUGGACCAACGCCAUUCACAGAACAAGGAAUAAGGUUGCUGCAUGAUCUUACCUUUUCAAAAUAUGAGAUCCAUAGUUUUACAGCAUAAUGAAGAGCUAUCAUUGUUCCUUAUUCAACUAGUUUAUCUAAAUUUGUGAUUGCUUAGGGUUUUUUAAGAGAACAUUUUCGCUACAAGGUCAACUAGAAUCCAGGCUUCAAGUUCUUAAAUGAAAUCAAAUGUUCAGUAUAGGUAACUUCUUGGCUUUAUUUUGUACCAUAACUUAUUUUACUACUGAUGUAUGGCCUGGAGAGUCAAACAUGGCAACAAAUACAUAUAGAAUUCUUUGUUAUGAAUCACAAAUUUCCUUACCAUUUAAAUUGUAUCCCUGUUCUACAAUAAGCAUUUGUGUUUUAUGACAUAAUGUAAAUGAUCACUUUGAUCACUUUUCUAUUCUGUAAUAUGUCUUAUUAGCAAUACAGAUUAAAUUUUACGUUGCACUAUUAACUCAGGAAAUGAUCAUUUAUGCCAUGUUAAUAAUAUGCAAACAUGGAAUGUUGUGAUACAGACAUUUUUGUGUGUAUAUUUGGCAUCGAUGCACAGUAGAAUAAAAUUAUACUUAAGUACUUUUUAA